AUGCCGGUGCCUUCCACGACGGUCGCGACUGCUCGUCCAGCAGACGCUAUCGCUCAGAAUGGCCUCUCGUCCAACGCCAGCGUCUCGGCUGGAGCACCUUCGCCUGCCCGUCUCCAACCAAACGCUGCGGCAGCUGCGCCUCGUCGCUCCGUCUCGGCAAGCUCUUCCCAGUCCAGCACCUCCAACAACUCUGCGCGCAGGCCUAGCGCCGCUAGAUCCGAGGCCUCAGCCAAGUUGAAGGCAACACUGUCCGCCGCUGCAGCGUCCGAUCGCUCCAACGCCGCAGCAAUCUCGUCCAACAACGACCAGCGUCUGCCCUCCAGUGCACCCAUGUCCAACUCGGCUUCCUCUUCGUCAGCAGCACCACCACCAUCAAGUACUCACAACGCGGUUGCCCUCGACGACACGCUCGCCAACCAUCCCAUCCAUGCCUUCAGAGCCGACCCCGCCAAUCUGCCCGCGAUGCCAGCACAGGUCUACGCCUCCCAGUCCGCCACCCAGUCCGCCUCCCCUGCCCACAUCGAUUCGUCUGCAAACGGCUACCUUCCUCCACAGAUGGCUACCAACGCUGCCCCGCUCCUCACUUCGCCCAGCCGCUCAGCACCGCUGCCAGCUAUGUACACCGCCACCUCCACCUCGCACUCGACGCCCUCGGCUUCGCCAAACGGUCGCAUCCGUUCCCAGACCGCCGCCAACGCCGCCUCGCCACACUCGUCCGGCUACAUGGCCAACGGCUCCAACGUCGGCUACCACGGUUCCCGAAGCAUGCGCACCAGUCCACAGAUGCGCGCCCUCCCGCACCACGCCCACGCUGCCAUUCCCAACCUGCAAGGCAUGGGCUCCAGCAUCAUGGCUCCGCCCUCGGCUCCCAGUUCCGUCUAUGGCGGCACCGCCAACGCCAACGGCCACUCCACCAUGCCAGCCACAAGUCCCGGCUACAACCAGGCUCAGUCGGGUCCCCAGUGGGAGCGCCACACCACCGAGCUCACCAACUGCAUCGUCGCCUUCCUCUCCCCCAUCCUCCCCACCGAAGAGGAGUACAGAAUCAAGGAAGCCACCCGCCGCCAGCUCGAGCGGCUCGCCAACCGCGUCAGCCCCGGCUCCAAGCUCCUCGCCUUUGGCAGCAUGGCAAAUGGCUUUGCGCUCCGCAACUCCGACAUGGACCUCUGCUGCUUGAUCGGCAAGGGCCCAGAUGGUCAGCCCACCACCCACCAUACCGCCUCCGAGCUCGUCGAGAUCCUCGGCCAGCUCAUUCGCGAGGAGACCGACUUCACCGUCAUGCCCUUGCCCAAGGCGCGCAUCCCCAUCAUCAAGAUCAACCGCUCCCCCACCACCGAUCUCCCGUACGAGAUCGCGUGCGACAUUGGCUUCGAGAACCGUCUGGCGCUCGAGAAUACGCGUCUGCUGCUCAGCUACGCCAUGGUGGACCCCACGCGUCUGCGCACGCUCGUCCUCUUCCUCAAGGUGUGGACCAAGCGCAGAAAGCUCAACUCGCCCUACAUGGGCACGCUCUCCUCGUACGGCUACACGCUCCUCGUGCUCUACUUUCUCACGCACGUCAAGAAGCCCGCGGUGCUGCCCAACCUGCAGCGCUUGCCGCCCACGCGCCCCAUGAAGCCCGACGAGAUGGAGCUCAACGGCAACAACAUCUACUUUUACGACGACGUCGCCACGCUGCGCAAGGAGUGGAGCUCGCAAAACACCGACAACGUCGGCGAGCUCCUCGUCGACUUCUUCCGCUACUUUUCCAAGGAGUUCAGCUAUGCGCGCGACGUCAUCAGCCUCAAGUCCGAGAACGGCCUCAUUCCCAAGGACGGCAAGACGUGGAAUGCAGAGCUGUGCAUCGAGGAUCCCUUCCAGGCCGGCUACAACGUCUCGCGCACCGUCACCAAGGAUGGGCUCUACACGAUCCGCGGCGAGUUUAUGCGCGCCAGCCGCUACCUCACCAACAUGCGUGGGCAGAAGAUCUCGGUGCUCAUCGCCGAGCUGUGCGAGGAGCGCGAGGACAGCCUCAGCCGCGCGCCCGAUGGGCCCGGGUCGAUGCAACGCUACCCGUACAACACGCACCUCGGCGUGGGCGGCGCGAAUGGCGCCGGCUUUUAUGGUCAAGCGAACGGCGGGCGUCACUAUCGCGACACGUACGGCUCGCAUCGACGCUACGAUGCACCCAACAUGAGCGGGUACGGCGGCAGCUUUGCAUUUGAGCAGAUGGCGCGCGGGCUGAGCCAGGGCGUCGCCUACCCGCCUACGGCUGCGAUGCUUGCGCCGCUCUCGCGCACGCAUGGGCUGAGCCCCAAGCCGCAGCCUCGCUUUGGCGCGGGCAGCACGCAUGCAGAGGGAGCUGCGGCGUUCAGCUCGGCGCAGAGCGAUUCGGGUGGAUAUGCGCCGCUCGACUUUUCGCGCGCGAGCAUCGGGCAUGCUUCGGCGCGCACGUCGCCGUCGUUCAAGCACGCCGUGCCCACCGGCUUUGCGGCGGCGAAUGGCAGCGGUGCGCAGGAGGCAUUUGCGUACGGCGCCGAGAUUAGCUUCGGUGCGCCCGCGCCCGCGUCGACGCGCGACGAUCUCGGCAGCACACCGCGCGGCAAGACGUCGCGCUCGUUCAGCGAGACGCUCAAUCGGUCCAAGUCGCUCCCGCGCGCCGCGGCGUUGGCGAACGGACAUCGCACCCAGCCUGCUGGCCCGAGUGCGGGGUCGACGGGCUUGGCGCCGUCCAGUGUGACUCCUACGUCGGUAUCGUUCGACCAUGCAGUGCUGCCGGCCGAGCUCGAGUCACGCAUGGCCACGCUGUCGGUCCAACAAGGGCCGGGCGCGCGGAGGCUGUCGAAUUCGAGCCGUGCCUCGUCGUCGGCGCAGUUUGACAGCAGCGUGAGCAUGCAGUGCUCGUCAGCCAGCUCGCCGUGGUCUGUGGGACAUGCUGCGUUUGAUGCGCACCACCAACAGACGGACACGCAUGCGCUGGUGCAGGAGUACCUCCGCCGCGCCGCCCAGCUCGGCACCGACAUCACGCUCCCUCUUGACGCGGACAAGGGAUCGUCGCACGAUGUGGAUGGGGAGGGCUCGGUGAUUAGCGAGGCGACGCUGGACGAGCUCGCGCGGCUGUCGGAGCUCGACGACGAUGAGCACGACUGGCGCGAGGGUGUGGAGGACGAGGGGGCCCAGGCGAGGAGGAAGCACCAGCACAAGGUGGCCGCGGCGGCGGCGACGGCGGCGGCGACCAGUGGCAUCGCGCGCAAGGAUAGGGAGAAUUCCGCCGCGAGGAGGUAG